UGGAACCUCGGUUUAUGAACACCUCGGUUUAUGAAUUUUCGGUUUAUGAACACUGCGGACCCAUCUGGAACGGAUUAAGUCAUUUUCCAUUACUUUCAAUGAGAAAGUUCGCUUCAGUUUAUGAACGCUUCAGUUUAUGAACAGACUUCCGGAACCAAUUACACCCAUGCUUCAGUUUAUGAACGCUUCAGUUUAAGUACUCCGCGGACCCGCCUGGAACGGAUUAAUCCACUUUCCAUUACUUUCAAUGGGAAAGUUUGCUUCAGUUUAUGAACGCUUCAGUUUAAGAACUCCGCGGACUGUCUGGAACAGAUUAAUCCACUUUCCAUUACUUUCAAUGGGAAAGUUCGCUUCAGUUUAUGAACGCUUCAGUUUAUGAACAGACUUCCGGAACCAAUUGUGUUCAUAAACCGAGGUACCACUGUAUUUUGAUUAUUAGGUGCCUUGGGCAUGUCUUAUGGGAAGACAAGAUGGAAAGCCCUUAUAAACAAACACUUAACUGAGGAUUGAUUAAAUGGACUGCAACAUUUAUUGGUGCUCCUCCUUUUUUCUUCACACUGAUGAUCAGAAUGGACUACCCUCAAUAGAUGGUUAGGAUACCUAGACUGAGUCCAGCAAUGGCUCCCCUCCCCUCUCCUUUCCAUGGAUUGUCAGAGCUGAGAGCUUAUCCACUAGCAGAAACCUGCUUCCAUUUCUUCACACCUCUUUCUGUAUUAUGGCUUUUGAGAAUUAACCUGUCAAGAGUGUGACUGAAGUUAGGAAAUUUGACUCCAACUUGUAGUUUGGAAAAUAGUGGCAGUAGCAGUUCUCAAAUUCCUUUCCUUGCUGAAUACAAAGUAAUCAAAGCCUGGGGAGAAUUGUAUUGCCUUUAAUAUUUUUAUUCUAUGUGGAGUGGCCUCUUCACUCACCUAACAGAAUCAUGGAAUAAUUUCAAGGGUUUAGAUCCAAAUCACACAACGUGGAUGGACCUCAUGGAAAAACAUGGCUACUAUGCUCAGAAAUAUGGAAAACUUGACUAUACUUCAGGGCAUCACUCACUAAGUAACCGUGUGGAGGCUUGGACCAGAAGCGUUGAUUUUUUGCUUCAGCAAGAAGGCAGGCCUGUGGCAGAACUCGUAGGUAACAAGUCCUAUGUGAGAGUCAUGCAAAAAGAUUGGAAGGCCACCGACGAUGCUGCAGCUUGGCUAAGAAACAAAGCCACCAACUUGACACAACCCUUCGUUCUUUACUUGGGGCUAAAUUUGCCUCAUCCAUAUCCUUCACCUUCAUCUGGAGAAAAUUAUGGGGCAUCUACAUUUCGGACGUCUCCUUAUUGGCUACAGAGGGUGAGAUACGAAGCCAUCAAGAUUCCAAAAUGGCUUCCAUUUUCAGAGAUGCACUCAGUAGAUUACUAUUCCUCUUAUACAAAGAACUGCACAGAGAAAUUUACGGAGAAAGAAAUCAGAGAUAUCCGGGCACAUUAUUAUGCCAUGUGUGCAGAAACGGAUGCAAUGCUUGGCGAGAUAAUUUCUGCUCUAAAUGACACAGGACUACUCAGAAGGACUCUUGUCGUAUUCACUGCAGACCACGGAGAACUUGCCAUGGAACACAGGCAGUUUUACAAAAUGAGCAUGUACGAAGCAAGCUCCCAUGUUCCUCUCCUUAUAAUGGGACCGAAUACUAAGCUGCAGUUCAUCCCCAAUGUGGUGUCCCUUGUGGAUAUCUACCCUACCAUGCUCGAUGUUGCUGGGAUACCUAUACCAAAAAAUCUCAGUGGAUAUUCACUGAUGCCCCUGGUAUUGAAAGAGGCAGAAGAUAAAGUCCCAACUAGACAGCAACAUCCUACUUGGAUUCUGAGUGAAUUCCAUGGCUGCAAUGUGAAUUCUUCGACCUACAUGCUGAGAACUGACAGGUGGAAAUACAUAGCAUACUCAGAUGGCCGUUCAGUAUCUCCUCAGCUGUUUGAUCUCUCUGCCGAUCCAGAUGAACUAACAAACGUAGCAACCAAGUUUCCAGAGAUCACACAGUAUUUGAACAAAAAACUCUACUCCAUCGUUGAUUAUCCCAAAGUCUCUGCCUCUGUUGAACAGUACAACAAGCAGGAGUUUAUCAACUGGAAACAAAGUUUAGGACAAAACUAUUCUGAUACCUUAGCUAACCUCAGGUGGCACCAGAACUGGAAGAAGGACCCAAAGAAGUACGAGGAUGCAAUUGAUAGAUGGAUUAAAGAGAAGACAAAUCUGUGAAAUGUCUGCAGAAAGUGAGAAUGGACAAUCUGCUCCUGGAUGUAAAGAGGCAGUGCGGGUGCAAUAAGCAGUUACCUCUUACUGCAACAGAUACUGAAAUGGGAACAUGGGGUCGGAUGCUAUCCUCCAGUCCCUCCCAUUUCCCAACACAAAUCUACUCUGCUAAGCUAUAAAUACUAGCUAGGCCCAGUUGCCUGUUAACCAGGAUUUGCUAGGCAGCUUCAAAACCUGAUUUCAACUCUGGUUAAGAAGAAUCCGUGCUAAGUGACCUGUGAUUCACAUGGAUGUUGAUAUAAUGGCCUUAUUGGGACAUAGUGUUAAAUUAUGGUUGUUAGCAUGAGCCUUGUCUGCACUUCCCAUCUCCCUUCUCCUCUGGCACAGCCACAAAGAGGAUAUCAAAAUCUUUUCCUUCCGUUUUUAACCACAGUUUAGCAUUAUGUUCAAACCUCAGCAAACCAUGAUUAGUCUCAACUAUGGUUCAGAGAAACCAACCAACUUCAAGCUGCAUUUUGUGAAUGUGAUGUCACACUGGGGCCUGCCAAUAAAAGUACCGUAUUCUGCCAGCAAAACCCCUGAGCAAAGGAUACCCCAGGGAGCAAAUGUAAACUGCCACCCCUCCACCAUCUCUAGCACUGAUAAGAAGCCCUUAACAUCCAGGAGAAAUCUCACCAUGCCUGUAUCCAGAGGUUGCUCUAGAAGGACUCUUGAGGCGGGUUCCCAACUCAUCCCCCUUUCAGAGGGGGAGACCAAACCAUCUCCCAGCAUAGAGAGAGCAUAGAGCCCAAAAAGUCCAGGUUCGGGCAUUUACCUACCAAAGAAGUACAUGUCUGAGAGUCCAAAAUUAUAGAGCUACUCAUAUUAAGGGGUCUUGGGUGAAGUGUGGGAGACCAGACUAUGGAAGCUGCUGGAACAGCACAUAUUGAAAUCCAGCAACUCUUGUGAACCACCUUGCCUAUUCUGCCCUGCCUUUUGACUGAUGGCCUCUGUUGCUGGCUUCUUAGAUCCUGCCUUUAGAACUAGGCUUAUUGAUGGACUGCUUUUGUUGUGCUUUGACACGGACUACACUUUGACUUCAGUCUGCUUUUUCACCUGGUUGCAGGAGCAGACAGGGCCUACCCCAGCCUCUGCCUAAGAACUAAGCCCCGACAUGGUUGGAGGCACAGGACAGUUUGCUUGUUUCCCUAAACCUUUGUUAAGAUUAAUCAGAGUUUGGGGUUUGGACAAAGCAAUAAAAAGCAGUCAACUGAAAACAGAAGCAAAAGCUGCUUUUUACAUCUGCACUACCCCCAAGACUAUACUUUUUCAUGUGGGAAAGUAUAUACUGUAGUGGCUAGGACUUAGCUGUGAAUUAGGAAUUCUCACGUUUCAAACUUGUCACUGCCAUGAACUCACUAGGUGCCUUAGAGAAGCCACUUUCUCCGCUGUUGCCUGCAAUAUGAGGAAUAAUCGCUGUUGCCGUACAGUGUUGUAAGGAUAACAAUUAGAUGCAUGUAAAACACUCUGAAAACACUAUACACAUUUGUAUUACUAUACAGUACUUGGAUUAACAAGUAUAGUAUUUACAGUGCCCUAACUGCAGUGGCUAACCUUUGGGCUUCCAUAUGUUAUUGAACACCACAUCCCAUCAGCCCCAGCCGGUAUGGUUCAUAGUCAGGGAUUAUGGGAAUUGGAGUCCAACAGCAUCCACAGCGUACUUUGUAAGCUAUUCCUGCCCUGGUUAAAGUAUUCAUUUUGUGUGUGAGUUUGUGUUCUAACUGGAUUUUUCUUGGUCAGAACACAACAUUUCAAAACAUUUCAAAGUGCAGUUUAGGGCUGAACAAGGGCAAGCACAUCUGUUCAGGCUCCCUCUAGGUGAUCCAUUUCUUAAGCAUUAAGAAUGUGAAGGUUAUUAUGUGAAGGUUAGAUUAUACCUAGUCUUUAUUGAGCAUUUCUUCCAUUUUGCUUGUGGUUAUGUUUACAGUACAUGGAAUCAUUUGUUCACCCUCCACUUUUUGGUGCGUUUUUCUGUCACUUUCAAAACCACAAAAAGUCUUGAGUUUUUUAAAAAGUGGAUUUGUUGCACAAGAGCAACAUAACCCUUUAACCCACCUUAAAUGUAGAAACCUGAAGUUCUGGAAUGCAUUUGAAUUCUUCCCACAUAACAGCGAGUCUGGUAAUGCCCUCAGUUACUAUUGAACACAAAAGAGAUGCAUGCAAUUUUAGGUCCCCCCCCCCAUACUGAUGCCAUUUGUGACUAAUGAUUGUGUGAUACGUUCCUGAAUUCCUUUGGGUUAAUGGUUUGUGUAGCAAUUUACAAGUGGGGUUUUUUUUUUAACACCCCCUCCCAACGAAGUUAGUAUCAUGGUGGUGCAGGUUAAUGCUAGAUUCAUCUACACUUCCUUCUUAUUCUUCUAAGGGCUUGCAGCUAUUAAAAACCGCUGUUUUCUUUUA